AGUGUUUGUUUAUCUUAGGAUUAUGAUCCAGAGCUGUUUGGAAAAGCGCUUCCAUGCUUGACUGCCAUUGGUUGUGCCUUACCACCAGACUAUUCUCUUUCCAAAAAUUAUGAUGAUGAAUGGUACAGCUCAAAGACAGGAACAGAUCCUGAUGGUCCGUACAACCCACAGCCCGUAAAUACCAGCAGUGUGGUUUUGAACAAUGAUCUCAACAAUAUUGUCCAACAGUUCUCAGAACAUUAUCAUGAUGCAUGGGGCAGUAAGAAAUUGGAUAAUGGUUGGGUAUAUGGAGAGCAGUGGUCUGAUGCGAAUAAAGCUCACCCUCGCUUGAAACCAUACAGCAUGCUGAAUGACUAUGAGAAAGAGCGUUAUAAGGAGCCAGUGAGAGAGUCCUUGAAAGCCCUGCUUGCUAUUGGUUGGACUGUGGAACACUCAGAUGUUGAAGUACCAUCAAACAACAGAAAUUCCACAAGAAGAGCUUCCAAAACAAGCCCAGUUGAUAAAGCUACACCAUUUAACUACCACCCACACCCAGUGGAUAUGACUAAUCUGACACUAAGCAGAGAAAUGCAGAACAUGGCUGAGAGGCUGGCGGAAAAUGCUCAUGACAUCUGGGCAAAGAAGGAAAAAGAGGAGCUGACAACUUGUGGAGGGGCCGUCAGUCCACAGUUGGUGCCGUAUGAUUUACUGACUGACAAGGAGAAGAAAAAGGACAGAGAGCGUUCACAGGAAUUUCUGAAGUACCUGCAGUACCAAGGCUAUAAGUUACAUAGGCCAAUCCGUGGUGGUGGAACUGAAUCAGAGCAGGCUGCUGCAGGAGCUUCUGUAGAAUUGAGGUUUGCUUACAGCCUGCUUGAGAAACUUAUUCAGUACCUGGACACGGCUUCCAUCAAUAUGAAGCUUCUCAAACCAUCAAGUACUUUCAGUAGAAGGAACAGCUUCAAAACUUCCACUAGAGACAUUAAAUUUUUCUCAAAGGUAGUGCUCCCAUUGAUGGAAAAAUAUUUUAGCACUCACAGAAAUUACUUCAUUGCUGUGGCAACUGCAACCAACAAUGUAGGGGCCGCAUCUUUGAAGGAGAAAGAAAUGGUGGCCAGUUUGUUUUGCAAACUCGCCAACCUACUGCGUUCUCGUCUGGCAGCAUUUGGAGCCGAUGUGCGUAUUACUGUCAGAUGUUUACAAGUAUUAGUAAAGGGAAUUGAUGCCAAAUCGCUGGUGAAGAACUGUCCCGAAUUUAUUCGAACCUCAAUGUUGACAUUCUUCAACAACACGGCAGAAGAUUUGGGACAUACUAUACAGAAUCUGCAUGAUGGCCGUUACAGCCAUUUGCGGGGCGCCCACUUGAAAACGUCUACAUCCCUUUUCUAUAUAAAUGGCGUCAUUUUGCCAGUUCUGACUUCUAUGUUUGACCAUCUAGCAGCCUGUGAAUAUGGAAGUGACCUAUUACUGGAUGAGAUACAGGUUGCUUCUUAUAAGAUGCUCGGCAGUUUGUUUACCCUGGGUACUGAUGGAUCUUUGACAGGAGACAGGAAAUAUUUGAAGACCGAAUUUGAGAGGCAUCGUCCUGCUCUCGGAAGCUGCCUAGGAGCUUUUUCUUCAACAUUCCCAGUGGCUUUUUUGGAGCCUCAUCUCAACAAACACAACCAGUUCUCCCUUCUCAACCGCAUUGCAGACCAUUCCCUGGAGGCACAAGAUGUGAUGGCAAAAAUGGAGGCCAGCAUGCCAACUCUAGAAGCUAUUCUCACAGAGGUGGACCAGUUUACUGAAUCAGAGAAGACUUAUGCAGAUGCUCCUCAUAUCAUUGAUGUCAUUCUACCUUUACUGUGUUCAUAUCUUCCCUUCUGGUGGUCACAAGGACCAGACAAUGUCAGUCCAACAGGAGGAACUCAUGUGUCCAUGGUGACAAGUGAACAUAUGAACCAGUUACUGAAGAAUGUUCUCAAUCUUAUCAAGAAGAACAUUGGUAAUGAAAAUGCUCCUUGGAUGACAAGAAUUGCAGCAUACACACAGCAAAUUAUCAUCAAUUCAUCUGAAGAGCUGUUGAAAGAACCAUUCCUACCAUUGGCUGAACGUGUUAAGAAACGAACAGACAAUAUGUUCCACAAAGAGGAGUCUCUGAGAGGAUUCAUCAAGUCAUCCUCUGAUGACACUUCUCAGAUUGAGUCACAAAUUCAAGAAGAUUGGCACCUGCUAGUGAGAGACAUCUAUGCUUUCUAUCCACUUCUUAUUAAGUAUGUUGAUCAGCAACGCAACCACUGGCUGAAGAACAAUGUGGUGGAAGCUGAAGACCUAUACAACCAUGUUGCAUACAUCUUUAACAUUUGGUCUAAGUCACAGUACUUCAUGCGUGAGGAACAGAAUUUUAUAUCUGCCAAUGAGAUAGAUAACAUGGUGCUGAUCAUGCCUACGGCAACUCGUAGAUCAGCCGUUGUGUCUGAAGGUGGACCAGUUGCUGGAGGUAGCAAGAAAAAGAAGAAACAUCGAGAUAAGAAGCGUGACAAAGAUAAGGAGCUGCAGGCUAGUCUGAUGGUUGCCUGCCUCAAAAGACUGUUACCAGUUGGUCUCAACCUGUUUGCUGGCAGAGAACAGGAAUUGGUUCAGCACUGCAAGGAUCGUUUCCUCAGGAAACUGCCAGAGACUGACAUAAUGGAAUUUGCCAAGAUACAGCUCACUCUCCCUGAUAAGAUUGAUCCAGCAGAUGAAAUGUCAUGGCAACAUUAUCUUUACUCCAAGCUUGGACAGAAGAAGACUGAUGAGGAAGGCAAACCCAUGAAAAUUGAAGAUGUUGUUGAGAGGAUUGUUGCGAUGUCAAAAGUACUUUAUGGGCUGCACAUGAUUGACCACCCCCAGCAACAAAGUAAGGGCAGCUAUCGUUCAGUUGUUUCCACGCAGAGGAAGCGUGCUGUCAUUGCCUGCUUUCGACAAACAUCACUGCAUUCUCUGCCAAGGCAUCGAGCGAUCAACAUUUUCAUUCGAACAUAUCAUGAACUGUGGUUGCAAGAUGAAAAUGUGGGUCAGGAAGUCAUGAUUGAGGAUCUCACACAAUCGUUUGAAGACUCAGAGUUGAAGAAAAGUGAUGCAGUACAGGAAGAAGGGAAACCAGAUCCCCUGAACCAACUGGUUACCACGUUCUGCCGAGGGGCAAUGACGGAGCGCAGCGGAGCUUUGCAAGAGGACCCACUGUAUAUGUCGUAUGCUGAAAUCUCUGCUAAGUCCUGUGGUGAGGAGGAAGAGGAAGGAGAAGAAGAAGGUGGUGAUGAGGAAGGAGGUGCUUCUAUCCACGAACAAGAAAUGGAGAAGCAGAAGUUACUGUUCCACCAGGCAAGAUUAGCAAAUAGGGGUGUAGCAGAGAUGGUACUCCUCCACAUCUCAGCUUGCAAAGGUGUUCCUAGUGACAUGGUUAUGAAGACAUUGCAACUGGGCAUUGCAGUUCUUCGAGGAGGCAAUGUUGACAUUCAAAUGGGAAUGCUGAAUCACCUCAAAGAAAAGAAAGAUGUUGGCUUCUUCACUUCCAUUGCUGGUCUCAUGAAUUCUUGCAGUGUGCUCGAUCUGGACGCCUUUGAGCGCAAUACCAAGGCAGAGGGAUUGGGUGUGGGUUCGGAAGGAGCGGCUGGAGAGAAGAACAUGCACGAUGCCGAAUUUACCUGUGCUCUUUUCAGGUUCAUUCAACUGACCUGUGAAGGUCAUAAUCUUGAGUGGCAGAAUUACCUAAGAACACAGGCUGGAAACACGACUACAGUUAAUGUUGUUAUCUGCACAGUUGAUUACUUGCUGAGACUUCAGGAAUCUAUCAUGGACUUCUAUUGGCAUUAUUCUAGUAAGGAGAUUAUUGAUCCAGCUGGUAAAGCCAAUUUCUUCAAAGCUAUUGGUGUAGCAAGUCAAGUAUUUAACACACUUACUGAAGUAAUCCAGGGUCCUUGUACUCAGAAUCAACAAGCAUUAGCCCACUCAAGGUUGUGGGAUGCUGUUGGAGGUUUCUUGUUUCUGUUCUCUCACAUGCAGGACAAACUAUCGAAACAUUCAAGUCAGGUUGACUUGCUGAAAGAACUUCUCAAUCUUCAGAAGGACAUGAUCACUAUGAUGCUGUCCAUGCUUGAAGGCAAUGUUGUGAAUGGCACCAUUGGAAAGCAGAUGGUGGACACGUUAGUGGAGUCAGCAUCUAAUGUCGAGUUGAUCCUGAAAUACUUUGACAUGUUCUUGAAGUUGAAAGAUCUGACGUCAUCAACUAGCUUCCAGGAAAUUGACAUUAACCAUGAUGGAUGGGUUCUGCCAAAGGAUUUCAGAGAAAAAAUGGAACAACAAAAGAGCUAUACUCCUGAAGAGAUCAACUUCUUGUUGAUGUGUUGUGACACAAACCAUGAUGGGAAGAUAGAUUAUGUGGAAUUUACAGAUAGGUUCCAUGAUCCUGCCAAGGAAAUUGGCUUCAACCUUGCUGUACUACUAACUAAUUUGUCUGAGCAUAUGCCUAAUGAGCCAAGGUUGGCCAGAUUCUUAGAAACUGCUGGCAGUGUCCUCAACUAUUUUGAACCAUUCUUAGGACGUAUUGAAAUUCUUGGUGGUGGCAAGAGGAUAGAAAGGGUGUACUUUGAAAUCAAGGAAUCCAACAUUGAACAAUGGGAAAAGCCACAAAUUAAGGAAUCAAAGCGAGCAUUCUUCUACUCCAUUGUUACUGAGGGAGGUGACAAAGAAAAGUUGGAGGCAUUUGUCAAUUUCUGUGAAGAUGCCAUUUUUGAAAUGACGCACGCCAGUGGAUUGAUGGCCGUGGUGGAAAGCUCUGGAGGAGGAAAGGCAAGGGAAGCUUCAUACAGUUACAUGACUGAAGAGGAUGAAGAACGAGCCGCUAGGGAUCCCAUCCAACGAGGCAUCCAAGCUACGAAGGAUGCUCUGUACUUUUGUAUAACAAUGUUGUCUCCAUCACAUAUAAAAGCAAAGAUCACUGAGCUGCAGCAGAUGACAAUACCAGAAAUCUUCAUUGCCUUCUUCAAGAUGAUCUUCUAUGCUUUCUACUAUUCUGGAUUUGGUAUCUCAAUUGUCAUACGGUACUUUGUGGGAGUUCUGAUGUCACUGAUGCGAGGUCCACAAGUAGAAGAACCAGUGGAAGAAGUGAAAAUGGAGGGAAAAAUAGGUCCAUUACGAGUGUUACCAGCGUUACCAGCAACACCUGAUGAAGCUUCUUCACCAACACAGUUACAGGCAUUUGGACUUGAUAUAACCAAGGAGGACAAUGGGCAGUUUCACAUGGCUCCCCAUGAAAGUGCUCCACCAUCACCACAGUCAAGUUUGGAAGAAGGUGGGGAGUCUACCCCAGAAGAAGGGGGAGAGGAGCAUCUGAAGCCUGAGGGAUCUGAAGGAGAACCACCGAUGUCCUUGGUCGACCUACUCGGGGGUGACGCGGCUCGUAAAGCUGCAGCCGCAACAGCUGAAGCAGCAGCUCAGCAGCAGGCGGUAAUGGCAGCAGUGGAGGCAGAAACAAAGCAAGAAGUCGUCGUGGAACCAUCUGCUGUGUCUCAGAUUAACUUCAAUGAGUACACAGCAAGGGCUGUUAGUUUUCUGGCUCGGAAUUUCUACAACCUGAAGUACGUGGCUUUAGUACUGGCUUUCUGCAUCAACUUCAUUCUUCUGUUCUAUAAGGUAACAACUCUUGGUGAGGAUGGUGAUGGCGAUGACAAUGGCAAUGGCUCUGGUGGAGAAGAAUUAGCUGAUCUGAUGGAAGAAUUGUCCGCUGAAGUUAAUUCAACAGAAAUUCUGAGUGGAGAGGAAGGUGGAGGAGAUGAUGAUGUGGAAGAUCCUAUAGAACUUGUUCAUGUUGAUGAAGAUUUCUUCUACAUGGCCCAUGUUAUGAGGUUGAUGGCAGCGUUACAUACUCUCGUGUCUUUGGCCAUGCUUAUUGCUUACUAUCAUCUCAAGGUGCCACUGGCUAUAUUUAAGCGGGAGAAGGAGAUAGCAAGGCGACUGGAAUUUGAUGGUUUAUACAUAGCAGAACAACCAGAGGAUGAUGAUAUCAAGUCACACUGGGAUAAGCUAGUCAUAUCAGCAAAGUCAUUCCCUGUCAACUACUGGGAUAAAUUUGUGAAGAAGAAGGUACGCCAAAAGUACAGCGAGACUUACGAUUUUGACUCAAUCAGUAACAUGCUGGGAAUGGAGAAAACAUCUUUCAGUGCUCAAGAGGAAGAGACAGGAAGUGGCUUUUUGCAUUUUAUCAUAAAUAUUGACUGGAGGUAUCAAGUAUGGAAGUCGGGUGUCACAAUCACAGACAAUGCUUUCCUGUACAGUUUAUGGUAUUUCAUAUUCUCCAUCCUUGGAAACUUCAAUAAUUUCUUCUUUGCAGCUCAUUUACUUGAUGUUGCUGUAGGUUUCAAGACGCUACGCACUAUUUUACAGUCAGUAACCCACAAUGGGAAACAGCUUGUCCUGACUGUGAUGCUGCUGACAAUUAUUGUGUAUAUAUACACUGUUAUUGCCUUCAACUUCUUCAGAAAAUUUUAUGUUCAAGAGGAAGAUGAGGAGGUGGAUAAGAAAUGUCAUGAUAUGUUAACUUGCUUUGUGUUCCAUUUAUACAAAGGAGUGCGUGCGGGUGGAGGUAUCGGUGAUGAAAUUGGAUCCCCAGAUGGUGAUGACUAUGAAGUAUAUCGUAUUCUCUUUGACAUCACCUUCUUCUUCUUUGUCAUUGUCAUUUUGCUUGCCAUCAUCCAGGGUUUGAUCAUCGAUGCUUUUGGUGAGCUGAGAGAUCAGCUGGAUAGUGUGAAAGAAAACAUGGAAUCCAACUGUUUCAUCUGCGGCAUUGGUAAAGAAUACUUUGAUACAGUUCCACAUGGUUUUGACACACAUGUUGCAAAGGAGCACAAUCUAGCCAAUUAUAUGUUCUUCCUCAUGCAUCUCAUCAACAAACCAGAUACAGAAUACACAGGUCAAGAGACAUAUGUAUGGAAUAUGUAUCAACAGAGGUGUUGGGACUUCUUCCCAGUUGGUGACUGCUUCAGGAAGCAGUAUGAUGAAUUAGGAGGUGGUGGCGGCUAA